GAUAUUCCGCUCCUGUCCCUGUCCUCCCCGGACGGAGCUAAUAGAGCCGGCUCUGCUCAUCAUUAUAUCGUCGCGCACAAAUGCGAAGCCUAGCAGCACUUGUGUCCGGCGGCCUUGUGUUCGUGGGGGAUGUGUGGCAUAUUAGCUAGCUGAUAAGCGGCCGGCCGAAGAGCAAGCGCAGUGAGAAGAAGAAGCUCGGAUCGGAGGAGGUCGGCAUGGGGAGGGGACGCGUCGAGCUGAAGCGGAUCGAGAACAAGAUCAACCGCCAGGUCACCUUCUCCAAGCGCCGCAACGGCCUGCUCAAGAAGGCCUACGAGCUCUCCGUGCUCUGCGACGCCGAGGUCGCGCUCAUCAUCUUCUCCGGCCGCGGCAAGCUCUACGAGUUCGGCAGCGCCGGCGUAACUAAAACUUUAGAAAGGUAUCAACAUUGCUGCUACAAUGCUCAAGAUUCCAACAAUGGUGCACUCUCUGAAUCUCAGAGCUGGUACCAGGAAAUAUCAAAACUGAGGGCAAAAUUCGAGGCCUUGCAGCGCACUCAGAGACACUUGCUUGGGGAGGACCUUGGCCCACUGAGUGUGAAGGAAUUGCAGCAGCUAGAGAAACAGCUAGAAUGUGCUUUGUCACAGGCAAGACAGAGAAAGACGCAACUUAUGAUGGAGCAAGUGGAAGAGCUUCGCAGAACGAUUCAGCCGUUCACCUUAAUGUCUAAAGUAUUCGCCACAUUCUCAUGGACUGCGCAGGAGCGUCACCUGGGAGAAAUGAACAGGCAACUCAAACACAAGCUCGAAGCUGAAGGCUGUAGCAACUACACAACCUUGCAGCAUGCCGCCUGCUGGCCAGCUCCCGGCGGCACCAUCGUGGAGCAUGACGGCGCCACCUAUCAAGUGCAUCCGCCUGCCCACUCAGUUGCUAUGGACUGUGAACCCACUCUGCAAAUCGGGUACCCUCAUCACCAGUUUCCGCCCCCUGAGGCAGCCAAUAAUAUCCCAAGGAGCGCUGCCACAGGCGAGAACAACUUCAUGCUGGGAUGGGUUCUUUGAGUUCUUCUGUUAAUCCAUCCAUCAGAUGGAUCCAUGUUGAAACCAAUAAAAGGCAUUCAGUGCUAUAUAUAUCAUAUGCAUAUCCGUGCUCAAGUGCUUGAUUUGCCACGACGUUGGAUUGUAUCGUUCUGUGUGUAAUAGCUAAUUUAGAACGGCACAUCUAUUCUAUGUGGUUGUGGUGUGGCACUUAUACUGUUUAUUCAUUUGGACCAUGAAUCGGGGUAGUUUGUAAAAACACAUCUAUAUAUGCUGCCGGUGCAUAGAAUUCAAAGUUAUCUGCACCGUAAUUAUUA